ACAGGAGCGACCAAUUGCGCGUGGCUGAUCUGCGAGAGCCUAGAGCUGUGAGAUGUGGACGGGAACAUCGGAUCUGGAUUGAAGUUUACGCUUGAGUUAACAUUCAUUUGGUUGUUACUAUUGUGUUGCGCGAGUAUCUUGCAAGCUUCCCCAACGAGGAGUCCGGCAAUUCGAUGAAGACUGAGAUACAGAGAAGAAAACGAAUGCGCGUCGAGAGAAGGGAGCUGUGUUUGUGGAGGAAGUAGAGAUCUGCUCUGGCGCGGUCCUGUGCGAAUGUCCUGACACAGGGGAACACACACAGCCAUGGCGAGACCUCCAGAUCUCGACGAGGAGGACACUCCAGCCACCCCGAAUGCGAAGAGGAAGCCAUCUACCACAAACAACACACCGCGCAAAGCAUCUGCGAGCAAGACACCGAAUGGGCCGCGGACACCGAAUGCAAGGAGGACUUCUGCGAGCAAGAAUGAGACGCCUGCGCGCAAGGCUUCUGCCAAUGCGAAUGGCAAGACUCCUGCUUCUGCGCCGACGAGAGGAGCAACCAGGAAGCCGGAACCUACACUGCUUGGCGAUUUCUUGCUGGGACGCCCUAGCCCGCAGAGACAGAGGACCGCGAGGAGGAAGAGCCUUGAGGGCGUGAAGAUGGAGAUGCGCGCGGAGCUUGUGGGGAGGGUGAGGCAGCCUGGGAAAGUUAAGGAUAGGGUGAAGGAGUGGCAGAAGCAUAUUGAGAAGCCUGCUGAUAAUGAUGACCUGGACGAGAUUGUUGAGGUCGAAGAGGAUAGCGAGUGCGAAUGCAACGAGGACGAUGAUCGAGCCAGGCGGAAAGACAGAGAUGGGAAGAGACCCGGAAGGAGGAAAAAUCACGACGAGGAAAAAGAGAAUCCUAGAAGUAAGAGUGCGGUUGCUCCGAAGAAGAGGGUUGUUAGCGAUUCUCACUGGAUGAAGAAGGCUGAGAAGGAAAAGGAAAAGGAGAAGAAGAUCACGCCCCCGCCAAAGAAGGGCAACCGAAUACCGAAGGACUUUUUGCAGACCACAGCUAUCAAUCCGCCGGUCGAGAGGAAGAUUGAAGAUUGGAUUGGACGGACGCCUGUGGUGAAGCUGAGAGGCCCGCGCGUGGAUGUUGAGAAAUCUGAGACCAAGAACAGAUGGACGAACGAAGAAGAUUCAAACGAAAAACCAACGAGUAGAAACGUGUCGAGGCAAGAUCCCGAUGAUGGAACAGGGGUUCGACCGAAAGAGGAAACUCCAAGGAGCAAACGAAAGUCGGGGCAGGAACUCGAUGAUGGAAUUGGGGUCACUCCUUCUAAAAGUCCCACACCUGAUGAUGGAAUGCGGAUAAAACCAUCCAAAGACAGACCUGACGAUGAUGGAAUUCGUAUUACACCUGGUCCUGGGGAUGAGACUCCAACAAGGCGGUCCCGAAAUCGACCAAGUGACGACGGUAUCCGGAGCAAGCCGUCAAGAGAGAAUUCUCCUAUUGAGCGAAGCAACAAAGGCAGCACACGACGACCCACAGAUCACCAAGAGAUCCGCAUUCCAAAGCAAAGGAGUAAGAAGCAUCUCAAGCCUCCUCCAUCUGAAAGUCGUCGAGCCAGCUCGUAUGGCACCAGCCAAAUGGAAAGCGAAAUGGAUGUGGUUGACGAGGAAAUUGACAAGUUCUCCUGGAUGAGUCCAAGUCCCCCAGAAAAUUCCAAACGUCGGAAUCGAAAAUCAGGAAGCUCUGCUCCCACUGAUGAUAUACCAUUUGGCAACUCUGCCCUCAGUGUCCUCGAUCUCCCUAUUGGUGCUGAGGCAGGUACCAUGAGGAGGCCUGGUCCGAAACGGAACAACAGCUUCGCUAAAGUUCCCAAAGUGCUGAAGCGUGUGUACACUGAAGGGAUGAAGAUCGUCCAUGAUGUUCCAGAACCUAGAGCAGGACCAAAUCAGCCCCCGAGUAUCGAAUCUUGGUUGAACAGCACAACAGACCCGUUUGUUGAUCGUCCAGUCAAGGCUAGCCCAGGUCUCGGGGUGCCAGCAAUCUCUUCGAGGAGGCGGAGUUAUAAUGAGGACGACCGAGCGGAAAGGGAACUAACUGCUGAACGUGACGAUGAGCGUGAGGCCAGACGAAAAGGACCAAGUCAAAAGUCUCCUGAGACUGAUCAGCAAGAUGGCUCUCCAAGCAGCACUCUGAAGGAUCGAGAAACUCUUCCCGGUGUUGAGAACUCACCUACUUCUCCGGCCGGCCUGAAGAGGACUCCAGCCACUCGUAAUACCGCAUCUCCCAAGUCGGCCAGAAAGACCCCACUGAAAGAAGCAAUUUUCGAUGCCUUUAAGGGGGAGUCUGCAAUGCGCCCCAACACGGCUGCUCCCUCUCCGUUUGACUUCAUCGGGCUGCGCGAACGCGAUCUCAAUCGUACUCCUCCGGAAUCCCCAGCUCGUGAUUUGGACCCAAUUGAUGAAGAUACUCCUACGCAAAGCAGCCGCCGAGUAUCAAUGUCAAGCAGAACCAGGUUCGAGGGGCCAGUGAACGAACCUGACAAGCCGCUGCCUCCAUUUCCACGCCGACAGGCUCCGACCACUGGCAUACACAGGUUAUCGACAAUUGCUUCUGUUGAGACUUUUAACACGUCCUCUUCUGCAACAGAAUCCAUGACUGAGUCCGUGACUAAGUCCACUGCAGACACGCGGUCAGAAGUUUCGCAAACAACAGUAACGCAGAAUACAGUAUUUACUGGCCCAACAGCUUCGAGUCUCUCGAGGAAGAGCACCAAGACAGGACUGAAAAGGAGACUUACCAAGCAUUCAGAUCUGCUUUCUGUGCUCUCCUUGCCAGACACUCCGCAGGUGGUGGAGAGAUCAAAGAGUGUGAGGUCUACACGAAGUAUCAGAACAACCAGGUGCCACCUUGAGAGCGCUACCGUCCAAGAUCUUAUGCGAGAAUUGGCUGAGGACGAGACAAAAUACAUGCGAGAACUGAACACGCUUGUUGAUGGUGUGGUUCCCGUUUUGCUCACGUCUGUCCUUUCAAAAAGCGACUCAGCAAUUGCCGCUGGCCUUCUAGAUGCAGAUUCGGCUACAAACUCGUCUUUUACCAAACCCAUUGUUGAUAUGGGCGUUGCUCUUGAACGCUUACGAUCAAUUCACAAACGUGUUCCGCUUGACGACUCAGACGAUUUCCUACACUGGCUGCAAUCUGCACAAAAGGUCUACGAAGAUUAUCUGUUUGCUUGGCGUGCUGGUUUUGAAGGUGUGGUGGUCAAUCUGGCUCCUUCCCAUCCCAACGACACGUCAGGACUGGAUAAAAUGCCUCGCAACGCCAAGGGCGAUGUCAUCAAUGAGAAUGGAGAAGUAGUUGAUGUGGCAUACCUGCUCAAGAGGCCAUUGGCUAGGGUCAAGUACCUUUCGAGAGUAGUCCAGGGUCUCUGCAUGGGGAAGAAAUCCGAUUUUCUAGCCACGAUGUCAGAACAGAUGCAAAAGCUCGAAGGACUUGCUCGACGACGUGCAAAGGAGGAGUUUGCUCGCCGCGAGGACCGCCGUGCGUACAGUACCGACUCAACUCGAGUUCGAUGUCUCAGAACCCUUGCGCAAAUGGACGACAUCAAAAUCGAUCGAAGCCUUCAGGUCGUUGCCAAAGAUACUUUCUCCUUAGAGUUACCUCACUCGAGUGGUCAAAAUAUUGAAUGUCAAGUGGAUAUAUUUCUCCGAGAUAACCCUGAAGAUCAGCAUGAUGCAGACAUCCUAAUUGUUGAGGUCGGCCACGAUGGGCGCUUCCUGCUGUUUCCACCACUUGACAAAGAUCGUGUCUCGGCUCGUAUGGGUGACCAUAGCCGCCAGCUUGUAGUCCAAUUCCAAGGUAUUACAGACGCAGGGGUAGAAGCGGAGAUUUGGAAGGAAUGUUUUAUUCUCGAAACAGAUGACUCGGAGGCUACUAGAGAUUGGCUUGAGAUGCUGGGUACAGUCCCAGUUCCGCCUCCGAUCGUUCGCAAGGACUUGCCUCUGGAUUCAGAUCUUGAAUCGGAAAUCUCACUCGCUGAUGCAUCGAACUCCGACAUCCCCAUUGGUGAGCGCCGUCGACGAGCAGAAGAGAAGACUCCAGUAUUGAAGAAGCGCCAACGAGUACAGAAGAAAGGACCUACUACUCUGGUCGAAUGCCUCGAAGAAUAUUCGUAUCACAGCGAGCUUGGGGAACUGUGUAUCUUGGAUGUGGAGGUCCUCAACCAAGCUAGAGAGUUGGCUGGUCUUCUGCCUCUUACGCUACAACGAAAGCGGGCUACCCCCGCGCGAUACUCCAGUUCCAAGAUCCCAGCUGCCAUGUCCGGCGCCCUUGCACUUCCAGAGGAAACAAAAGGACAUUCAGUUGGUAGAGAGCGGGAUGAAGCUAACGCUGGAGAUUAUGAUGAUGCUUCGCUUGGCCCGAAAGUCAGAAGCACAAGCUCUCCUGUCUCCGAGAAGCACAGCACCCCCUUAAGGGACUCCAUGCGGCCAGACCCUGAAGACCUGAACAAGAGGCAGGUAUCUGCACCCAUUCGUCAAGAUGGCGCUCCGCCACCUCCAGUUCAUAGGAAUCCAACAACACUAAAUCCUUUGAAGACACCUAUUAUCGAGACCCCCACCCCGAAGGGCAAGCCUCGAACUUCGUCUCCGCUGAAGUAUGAGUGGCAACCUGACAAUGCGUCUCUUACUUCGCCGUCUGAGCGCUCUGAUUCUGAUUCCGAAUCGGACUCAUACUCUUCUUCAUCCGAAGAUGAGCUUGAAGCAGUCGACAGCCCAAUCGUUGAUACUCCCGCCUUAGUCUACCGCCAGCUGCCACCCCCUACGUCUCUCUACAAUCUUCCCAAUGCAAGCGUUGCUCCUUCAAACUCGGCUUCGCAAGCCCCCUAUCGUGGUGCACCGGUUAGCAGAACAGAAGGGAAUACUAGAAAGACAAUCGCUCGUCUGUCGUACUGGAAGGAUGACGGCCUUAGGAGUUGUUGGACGGACCUGUGGCCACAAAUUUGCUCCAUUGUCAUCACACCAGGUCGAAUCGAGGCCUACGAAAUCAGCGCAGCGCAUUCUUCGUCCGAGCGCGCCGGGGACUUGGCUUCCUCUGCCUCCUCUGAUCUCAACUCGGAAAUCGAUGCGGGUAUCGACCGUCCUCUCGUCGCGCUCGAUCUUACUCCUCUUGUCACACUAAGACAAAGCAACGCCGUCGACAUCGAGAUUAAAUCUCCUACCCUUCCACAAUCUCGACUCAAGUGCCGUGGCAACGUUCGAUUCCGGACUCUCACUGCUCAAGACGGCGUCUUCCUGUACAGAGCCGUCCACUAUGCUCGAAUGAAUAAUGCGGUCUUCAUCAAACUGGAAGAAGAGCGCAGAUACGCAAACUUUGGUUCCAACGCCUAUCAGCAAGCCAUCGCCGCAAACACCAGACGGCGCUUUUUUGGCCGACAACGUAGCUACCGUGCUUCCGCUCGUGCACCUCAGUCUGAUGUCAUGAGCGAUCAGAGCGGCAAGAGUUCCGUCGCAACAGCACUCAGGCGUCUCAGCGGGGGAGGACUCUUCAACAUCGCCAGGUCGUCCGUUGACAGAAGCGGUCCCAUGAGCCAAUCCACCAGCUCCAGCGACUACAGUGGCGCCACUCCUCCAGGUACACCUGGCAGCCCCAGUCAAGCAGGAAGCAGUGUGUAUAGUCAGAUGCAAGACCUAGGCUGGGAGGAUAUUCCGAUUAUUUUCAGCAGGCUCGUCACACACAGCAAAUGGGAUGUCCUUGGGCCCGCCUUUUUGACCGUCUCUACCCCUCCUCCCGACAUGCGUCCCGAGUCCUCUCAAAACUACGGUAUCCUGAAGCGCAUCACAGUCACCCGCAAGAAGCUGCACAUGGGAAGCCCACAAGGUCCAAAUCCUGAGCCGUUGAUAAUCUGCGAUAUCGCAGUUGGAGUCGGCUGCUUCAACCUCGUUGCUCGUAAGGGUGUUGUGAUGCACGAUUGGCGCGAUAUCAGAGGCAAUGAUGGGCAGGUUGGCGUUAUUGGUUCGACAGGAGGUGUGAGUGCUACGAUGGGGAAAUGGCUUUUCCAGACUCAGAGGGGAAUGGCGAGGGAUUGGAUUUGGAGCUUGACCGGUGGGUUGUAUGAUCGUAGCCGGGGGAGCAUACCGAGUGGGUAUGGCGCAUGAUGGGACGAUUUCAUGAGCCACGAUGGAGGUCUUGUAUGAAUACUUUUCGAUCUUCUUUUUUGUCAGGGCUUUUUUAACUUUUCUAUGUAUGGAUAUGGGAGGACAACAAUUCUUUUCUGCAUUAGAGAUGAGAUGGAUGAUGGUAGAUGGGGCAGGGGCGUUUUGUCCAAUGCAUUGGGGAGUUCCUAGGUGGAAUGAUUGAAGAGGUAUAAUUGUAUAGAUGAAAUGCAG